AUGAUACCCCGGCCGACCCCGGAAUUCCUGGUGCCAGGGCGCCCCACGACUUCGGUCGGCUCCAAGGGACGGUACCUGCGAAAGGCAAUGCCACGAAACGGGUCACUGGUGGUUGGCUCGGGUGGAUACCUGUAUCGACGUGCUCCGCUGCCCACCUGCCGGACUCCUGGCCGGGCUCCUAAAAGAAGGCCGCUCCGCCAUGAUUCCGUAGCAACAGAUACUUCGACGUCACAGCUCUCCUACCUUGACCCUUGCCUUGACUACCGUACCUGCAGAGAAGCAGUGCCUUCCUUAUCUGCCGUUCCCAGCCGAGGCGAAGCGCAGCCCAAGAAUCAAAGGAGUUCAUAUACAUCGACGCGUCUUCCCUCAGAGGGAAGAUCCGCCCCUAAACACCGCUUCGAAACUCGUUCACUUACCAAAAGUGCCUCCGAGCCUUUGACCAUCCAUCUCCCAUUGCUUGCCAUGGACGUGAGAGCAACAGCAACACCAAACGAGAAGACGUCGACGACCGAGUACGAUGACACGAAGGCCGUCGGCUCGAUUGACGAAGCUGCCGAGGCUGAGUUGAUUGAAAUCGAUCCCGCCGACGAGAAGCGAGUCGUUCGCAAGAUCGAUUUUCGCGUGGUUCCCAUGGCAGUAAUUCUUUACCUGGUCAGCUUCCUUGACCGCGCCAAUAUCGCAACCGCUCUUUUGAAGACGUUAAGGCCGUCGAGAUUGAUCCCAACGAUCGUUCUCGUGCGGGGAGGAAUCUCGAUUGGAAACGGUUUCGCUCAGAAUUACGCCACUGUCCUCGCCUGUCGCCUCCUGCUCGGCAUGUGUGAGGCUGCCUUCUCGCCUUGUCUUAUCCUCUACAUGACUAUGUUCUACAGCCGUUAUGAGCUCAGCCUUCGAAUUACGCUUCUCUACAGCAUGAUCGCCGGUUCAGGCACGAUCGGCGGGCUCUUAGCAACCGGUCUCUUAAAGAUGGACGGCCUACGAGGCCUAGAAGGCUGGCGAUGGCUCUACAUAAUCGAAGGGGCGGUGACGAUUUUGGUCGGUAUCACUUAUUUCUUCCUGAUUGCCGACUCGCCUGAAACGGCACGUUAUCUCAACGACGACGACAAGGCCGUGGUGCGUCUGCGGGCAAAGAAGGAAGCCGUGUUCACGCACGAUGAUGGAUUCUCUUGGGUUGAAGUGCGCAAGGCGCUCACAGACCCCGUGAUCUAUCUCUCCGGCCUCGCUCACCUCGGAUUCGACACCUGCAUGUACGGCUUCUCAACUUUCCUCGUCGUCAUCGUGUCUGGCUUCGGUAUCACGGCCCCCGUUUACUUCUGGUGCACCCUCUGUUACUUCAUCGGCACCUUUAUCGUCAUGAGGUACCACUCGAUCUACUUUGUCAUCAUGGGCUUUGGUCUCGUGACCAUCGUGGGCUACUGCAUGCUCGUGGCCGGCGUCAAGGGCCAUGCUGCCCAGCUGGUGGGCUGCAUUCUGGCGGGAUCUGGGAUCUAUCUCGGCGUCGGCCUGCAUGUCACUUGGCUCGCUCAGAACAUUGCCGGUUUCCGAAAACGCUCAGUCUCCGUUGGCAUGCAGCAAACGAUGGGCAACAUCGGCGGUGUCAUUGCUGGCCAGAUCUAUCGCGACUCUGACAAGCCUGCGUACAUUAUCGGCCACGGAGCGAGCUUGGGCUUCUGGAUGAUGGCGCUCAUCGGCAUCACGGUCGAGUGGUACGUGUGGCGGACGAGGAACAAGCGCCGCGACAUGAUGACAGCCGAGGAGAAGGAGAGCAUUGAUGCAAAGGGAAUCACGGGCGACCAUCACUACAGCUUUAGGUACUCUCUUUGA